AGAGCGUACUGGCAAAAGGAAGCUUCCCAACAAAUUGACAUCUGAUACCUCGAACAAUGUUUCCCUCUCCCUCGCUUCCCUAAGAUAAAUGUUAUUCGUUGAGUGCAGCGCAGGAGAAAGUUGAGGAGAUUCCGGAGCAGACCCAGAGAAGCAAUGAGUCAAGUUCACCACACCAGACAUCAGUCCCCCUACCCUCCUCCUUCUCCUCCUCAAGGGUUCGGCCCAGGUCCGGCGGCGCCUCCUCCGUCGUAUGGAGGCUAUGCUCCGCCGCCGCCGCCGCCCCCAGGGCCUCAAAGCUACCAAGGUUACUUUGAUAGCUACUCUCCGCCGCCGCCGCCGCCGCCGCCGCCACAUGCGUAUCACCACCACCACCAUCGACAGGAGCCGCUGUGCUUCUCGUUCUUGAAAGGCUGUUUGGCUACACUUUGUUGCUGCUGCAUUCUGGAGGAGUGUUGCUGCUUCUAGGCUGGGGAGGAAGCCGAUCCAUGCUAUCGACCAUAAUUACUACGUAUAAUGCCUGAUUUAUCAGGAUUAUCUGCUGGCUUUUCUAGCCUAGAUUGUGUUGCUUUGAAAACAUCAUUGUCUUUGAAUAAAUUGUGCAGAAGAAGUGAAUAUGGCGUACUAUUGUUAUCAAUGAACUUUGGAGGACAGCUCAUACUGUAAAUACUUUCACAUACUCUCUGUAGUAAGUGACCAUAUUGCUACCGUGUCUCAUUUCUUUCACUA